AGUAGAAUAAAUGAAAGCAGUUGGAGACGAGAAAAGGGCGAAAGAAAGAGAAACAAAGCAGAAGAGGAAGUAAUAAAGCUGUAACAAAUUAUGCGGCAUACAUAAUUACUUAAAAUCCUUUGAAAACGAUAAAAUGGAAAACGGAACCCUACAACAACACUUAAUGCUAUUUUCCAACCUACUUCAACAAUAAUAUUACUUCAAUCUAAAGCAGAAGAUAGACAAACUCCUUUCGCACACUUUUUAUUCAUUUCUAGUCAUCGUUUCUGUCAUCGUAUUGUUUUCACUUUGAAGUCCAUGUCAAGGACUUGCUUCUUGCUGCGUCAUUAUUUGCUCUUUUUUAUUUCCUGUUCUUGUCUGACUAGCUGUCCUAUCGCUCUCCUUCGUUUACACUAUCCUAAUGUACAUAAACCUGGAUCAAUGAAAAAACACCCACCUUUUACUGGCUUCAUGACUUAAACAACUUCUCGUCUAUUGUAUUUAUAUCCAAGUACGAUGGAAAGGCAAAAAAACUAUUGCUUCUUCUCUAGUUUUCUUCUUAUUCUUGCAGCYGGGUUUUUCACUUCGUUGGUAGAUAGCUCGUUCACGUUUAAGGGCGGUAUUCUCGUAGGACACUCGUUUCAAAUCCUUCGAGUAAGUGAAUGGUAUGAUUGCUUGAGAGAAUGUGCUUCCAACGACAAAUGUGUUUCGUACAACUUAAAAUUAGCGAAACCCGGGGGUUUGGUUUGCGAGUUGAAUGACUGUGGCUUUGGGAAUAACUGUGAAGUCGAACAGAAUCUUAUCAAAGGAUCUGGAUAUAUUUUUCAUCAGCUGAGGAGAAUAAAGUCGGAGAAAAUAUGCCAAACGAAGAAGAUAUUGAACAAACUACCCUCUGAAGAACGUAUGAAAAUGGCUGUCUCGUGCACACAAAGAAUCAGCAUCUACGUGGAURAGAAACCUUUAUCCAGAGCGGUUAUCGAAUGUCCAAUGAAUUCAUCUUUAACAUAUCAUAUCCCAUCGAAUACACGUGUCAUUGCUUUAGAAGCCAUGGACAACGAUCGUGGUAAAGCCGGUGUUAUCGCGUCGCUUGGCAACGGCGUCAUAACUGAUGAUUCAUGGAGGUGCACAGACGUGGUGGAUAAUGCUGAUUGGAUUAAAUCUCACUACAAUGACUCGAUGUGGCCAUACGYCGUGGUUUACGGUAACAACUCGAGCCCAACGUGGCCAUUGUACCAGGUCAGCGGUAUUCCCGAAAAUGCCAAGUGGAUUUGGGCAAAUAACUUUGAUUCUACGCGCCGUGUUUAUUGCAGAAAAAAUAUAUCGGAAGCCAUCAAUGUCAUCCUCCAACCGAGGGAUAAAAACCUGAACAAAUGAUGCGGAUUUGUCAAUCUAGGAUUCGGUGUAGURAAAAAACAAAAUCUAAAAAAAAUCUACAAAGCUUUUCGCUGUCGUAUCACAGCGUGGGACAAUCACAACAGAGCUAGGCUCCCAACUAAGUGAAAGCCCAAAGAUCGAAUUAGAAUUAGGAAAGCAAAUAUAGAGUAGCUUAUUAGACGAGUUUGCAAUAAGACUAUAGAACACUUGCACUAUUGAUUACUGUAUUGCGCAUGCACUCGGCCUCUCAGUCAUUUGGUCGAGCAUGCGCAGUAAGGAUAACAGGACUCUGAUUCCAAAUGAUGAUACUGUUCAUCAUUAUGGUUUCCAGAGCUCCUCGGUUCUGUUCGCACGCGAAGAGAUUGGGAUUCUGGUAACCAAUGGUUGCUAUUCACGUUUGUUUGAUGCUGAUUGGCUGAUAUUCGUGCAUGUCUGUAAUUCUUAGUGAAACGAAACCGAGGAGGUCUGGUUACGAAAAUAAACUACGUCACAGAUGUCAUUGCUAAAAGUAACAUGACAUGAUAAAAAUGAUGAUAAUAAUAAUAUUU